AUGGAAGGUUCCGCACUGUGGCAAGGUUCGGUUCUCGCUGGAAUCCUCUUCUGGCUUCUUUCUUCUUCAUAUCUCAAUCUCACUCUCAAACUUCGAUCUUUCCUUCAACCUUUCGUUACUCACUAUGUUCAAACCGGAACCCCGAUUCUCCUCCAGAUCCAGAGUUACAAAGCUGGAUUCUUUGAUAUUCUUUUUUCUGGGUUAUCUUGUGUUGUUUCCGUACCCUUUUACACCGCUUUUCUCCCUUUGUUAUUCUGGAGUGGUCAUGGUCAAUUGGCUAGACAGAUGACGUUGUUGAUGGCGUUUUGUGAUUAUAUAGGGAACUGUAUAAAGGAUGUGGUUUCUGCGCCGAGACCUGCUUCUCCUCCUGUGAGGAGAGUAACUUCUACAAAAGAUGAGGAGGAGAAUGCUUUAGAAUAUGGUCUUCCUUCUUCUCAUACACUCAACACUGUUUGCUUAUCAGGCUAUCUUUUGCACUAUGUCCUGACUCAUGCUCAAAUUCAAGGUGCCUAUGUUAAUUACUUCGGAGUAUCCCUUGCUUGUUUGUUUGUGGCCCUCGUUGGAUUGGGAAGAAUUUAUCUUGGUAUGCACAGUUUGAUUGAUGUUGUUGCUGGCCUUUUUAUUGGACUCGGAAUCCUUGGAUUUUGGCUUACAGUUGAUGAAUACAUAGACAGUUUCGUUGUCUCGGGACAAAACGUUACAACUUUUGGGGCUGCUUUGAGCUUCCUCUUGCUUUUUGCUUAUCCAACUCCUGAAUUUCCAACUCCAAGUUUUGAGUUUCACACUGCUUUCAAUGGUGUUGCAUUGGGAAUUGUGUCUGGGGUACAGCAAACAUACACUCAAUUUCAUCAUGCCGGUGUUCCUCAGUUAUUCUCUGAACUGACAAUACCCGUAUUCAUGGGAAGAAUGCUCUUGGGAAUACCUACAAUUAUAAUUGUUAAAUUCUGCAGCAAAACUCUUGCAAAAUGGACUAUCCCCGUGGUGGCAAACACAUUGGGCAUCCCAAUAAAAUCAACCACCUAUAUUCCCACAUUUAACGGAGCUAAGACAGGAGAGAAGUCUAAGGCUUUUGAUGUUGAUACUGGAAUUAGAUUUCUACAAUAUGCAGGUCUUGCAUGGUCCGUGGUCGACUUAGUGCCAUCCAUUUUUUCAUACAUGAACCUGUGA